UUCACAGAUUCCACUGUAUGGGUAUUAUCGACAUCACGGGUGUGGGGGGCGUGCUGGUUAAGGGGAUACUUUCGGCUGCUGUUUCUGUGUGUGCGCGUUCAAGACAGCAAGCUUAAAUGCCACAAUGUACGAGGCCUACACUGCGAUCCCGCUAAUCAAGAAGAUGCCAUUGAAGGUUGAGUCCGUGGCUGCGCACGGAGACAAGCUGUAUUUGGGCACGAAGGACGGCAACCUACUUGUUUACACCGUUGUUGAGAAAGAUAGCGCCGACGGUCCGAAGUUCUUUGUCCAUCUUGGGUUUUCCAACAAAGUUUUUGCGAAGAAGCCGAUCACCCAACUGUGCGUCAUUCCCGAGCUGAACUUGCUCAUCAGCUUGUCUGAUGGCUCCUUGAGUGUGCAUCAUCUCAGCCUCGAGCCUAACACGCCACCGAUCGACUGCCCAGCUUUGGCCAAGUGUAAGGGAUGCACAUUGUUUGCUGUCAAUGUACAGGAGAAGACUACGCUUACAGGCGAAGUGAAAAUAACUCUCAUGUUGUGCGCGGCUGUGAAGCGGAAGCUUGAACUAUUCUACUGGAAAAACAAUACUUUCUGCGAGCAUCCGCAAGGCUUGUGCGUCCCUGACACUCCGCGAUCUAUUGUAUGGUGUGGCGACGAAUCUCUUCUCGUUGGGUUUAGAUCCGAAUACAAUAUCCUACAGUUGUCUGGCGAGACAAAGCAACUUUUUCCUACGGGAAAGCAGCCGGAACCGCUCUGCUUGAAGCUGAAAGAAAAUAGCUUCGCUCUCAGUAGAGACGACAUGACUAUUUUCGUAAAUCGCGAUGGCCUGCCAACGCACAAAUACGCGGUCACCUGGUCAGAGGCACCGAUCUCUCUCUGUUACGACUACCCGUACCUCUUAAGCGCACAGUCGUUCGGUGUAGAGGUGAGGACAGUGGAACCGCGUGCCCUAAUUCAGAAGGUGAAUUUUCUGAAGCCGAGACUUCUCCUGCCAUGCAAGAAGGGCCAGCUGUACGUUUUGGCACCAAGUGGUGCAGUGUGGUGCAUUCUGCGGACUCCCGUGCAGGACCAAAUUCCGCAAGUUCUCAAGGACAAGUGCUUUGAGCUGGCCUUGAAGCUAGCUGAUCUGUCUGACCAGAGUGAGGAGGAACGCAAUGCAAGCAAACGUCACAUCCAGAACUUGCAUGCUUUCGACCUUUUCUGCAAGAAGAAAUUCGAAGAGUCCCUGAACAUCUUUAUGGAUCUUGAGACAGAUCCAUCACAUGUCAUAGGCCUUUUCCCAGAUCUUUUGCCCGAGGACUAUCGUAAUUCCAUCUCAUACCCUGAUAAGGUGCCUGAUCUCAGAGAUGCUGAUCUAGAGGCUGGGCUUUAUGCACUUGUAGACUACUUGGUUCAAGUCAGGUGCAAGCUGCUUUCAGACAACCAGCAUGAGCCUGCACUUACUGGCAUAGUGCAAGGGAGCAAGACCGUAAAGAGCAAGAAGCAACUUCUACAGAUUAUUGACACCACAAUGCUGAAGUGCUACCUUGAGACCAACGUGGCACUAGUAGCCUCAUUGCUGCGUCUCCCAGACAACUUCUAUCAUCUGGAUGAGUGUGAACGUGCUCUCAAGAAGCAUCAAAAACUUAGCGAGUUGAUCAUACUGUACCAGCAAAAAAACCAACAUGAAAAGGCACUUGAUUUGCUCAUGAGAGAGGCACACAAGGCAGACUCGCCUCUUAAAGGCCAUGAAAGGACUGUUGGCUACCUCCAGCACCUAGGUAGAAAGCACAUGGAGCUCAUACUGCGUUACUCAUUAUGGGUUCUUGAAGAGCAUCCAGAAGAAGGUCUCAAGAUUUUUGUUGAAGACCAACAAGAGAAAGAAGGUGAAGCCUUACCCAGAGACGUAGUGCUCGACUUCCUGUCUAAAAAGGCACCUCACCUAGUUAUACCUUAUCUUAAACAUGUCAUCCACAAAUGGAAUGACCAGACUGAAAUGUUCCACAACACACUCAUUCACAAGUACAUUGAAUCUGUGCGGUCUCUCCUUUCUCAGCAGCAUUCCCCAGUUGGUCCUGGUGAGCCUGGUCUGGUGGGGGAACUGCGCAAAGACUUGGUUGAUUUUUUGGAGACCUCUGACAGGUACACAGCUGAGAACUUCCCCACACAUUUGUUGAGUGAUGGGUUGUUUGAAGAGGCAGCUGUGGUAAUGGGCAAGCUAGGACGUCACAAUGAAGCUCUUGAGGUCUACAUCUAUGUACUAAGUGACCCGUCCAAGGCAGAGCAGUAUUGCGCCUCACAGUACAACCGUAACCCAGAGCGCAAUCGAGAUGUAUUCCUGAUCCUGCUUCAAAUGUAUUUGCAACCUCCUGAUGAAGGCUCCAGGGUGCUGGAUCUGUGUAGACGUACUGCAGCCAACAUUGCAGGGCUGCCAUCCCCCCUGCCGAUUCCCAAAGGUUGCCGUGAACAAAACUUGAAAGGUGCACUCAAAAUUUUAAUGGAUCACGUGAAGGAAAUUGACCCAUUGCGUGCCCUCCAAAUGUUGCCUGGGGAUGUGCUAGUUGAAGAUGUUCGAGGUUUUCUCCGAGAGGUCUUAGACAGAUGCACGAAAGAGUUGCAUGCUGCUGGUCUACAGAGAUCACUGCUAUUUGCAGAGCACUUGCAAGUGAAAGAGCGUUGUGUGCGUGUCAAGUCACUAAAGAUAACACUAACGGAGCUUGAUGUAUGUUGUGUAUGUCAGAAGAGAAUAGGGAGCAGUGCCUUUGCCAGGUAUCCAGAUGGUGCAGUAGUUCAUUACUCUUGCAGGGAAGGAUAUGAGUCGAGGUUGGCAUCUUGAGGCAAUGCCUUGGCUGUUAAUCAUAGUUGCUCCUAAACUAAAUCAGCGGCAUGUGGUAGUGCCCUGUGCAUACAAUCUGUGUAGGUGGUUGAGCACUAGAAAGUGUUGUGAUGCUUGUGCGGACUUGUGUGUGAAAGAGUGGGAGUGAAUGUUUCUGUGAUAUUUCAUGCUUUCUCUAUAACCUUGUGCAAAUGUGCCAGUGUGGGCCUUGCUACAUUUUUAUGCUCUAUGUAAAACUGAUGUAUCUGGGACUAAAAGGUGCUCAAUGUGAACUGCUGUAAAGGCACCAAGGCUCAUAUAUGUAUUUUAGUUUAUAAUUUAGUAAAACGAAGCAAGUUUGCA